ACUUGAAUACUCCAUCUCAACUUCCCUUCCUCUCCCGUGCUGCGCUGAGCUAUAUAGCUGCUCCUCGACCUCCAAGAAGCACGCGGGCGGAGCCCGGAGCGAGUGAUUAGUGAAAGGCAUAGCAUAAGGCCGCCCGGCCGGGAAGUGGUGGCAAUGACGCGGUGCCUCAUGUUCACGCUGCUGUUCCUCGUCUCCUCCCUCAUCUCCACCGUGGGGCUCCCCGUCGAGCCGCCCGCGGAGCUCCUGCAGCUGGGCGGCGGGGACGUCGGCGGCGGGCGCCUGAGCGUCGACGCGUCCGACAUCGCGGAGGCGUCGCGCGACUUCGGGGGCGUCGCCCGCGCCGAGCCCAUGGCGGUGUUCCAUCCGCGCGCGGCCGGCGACGUGGCGGGCCUGGUCGGCGCCGCGUUCCGGUCGGCGCGCGGCUUCCGCGUCUCGGCGCGGGGCCACGGCCACUCCAUCAGCGGCCAGGCGCAGGCGGCCGGCGGCGUGGUCGUGGACAUGAGCCGCGGCCGCGGCCCCGGCGCCGCCGUGGCGCGGGCAUUGCCCGUGCACUCGGCGGCGCUGGGCGGGCACUACGUGGACGUCUGGGGCGGCGAGCUGUGGGUGGACGUGCUCAACUGGACGCUGUCCCACGGCGGGCUGGCGCCGCGGUCGUGGACGGACUACCUGUACCUGUCCGUGGGCGGCACCCUCUCCAACGCCGGCAUCAGCGGGCAGGCGUUCCACCACGGGCCACAGAUCAGCAAUGUCUACGAGCUCGACGUCGUCACAGGGAAGGGAGAGGUGGUGACCUGCUCGGAGACGGAGAACCCGGACCUGUUCUUCGGCGUCCUGGGCGGGCUGGGCCAGUUCGGCAUCAUCACGCGGGCGCGCAUCGCCCUGGAGCGUGCUCCCAAGAGGGUUCGGUGGAUCCGGGCGCUCUACUCCAACUUCAGCGAGUUCACGGCGGACCAGGAGCGCCUCAUCUCCCUCGGCAGCGGCGGCGGACGCCGGUUCGACUACGUGGAGGGCUUCGUCGUCGCCGCCGAGGGCCUCAUCAACAACUGGAGGUCCUCCUUCUUCUCGCCGCAGAACCCCGUGAAGCUCACCUCGCUCAAGCACCAUUCCAGCGUCCUCUACUGCCUCGAGGUCACCAAGAACUACGACGACGAAACCGCAGGGUCGGUCGACCAGGACGUGGAUACGCUGCUGGGCGAGCUGAACUUCCUCCCUGGCACGGUGUUCACUACGGACCUGCCGUACGUGGACUUCCUGGACCGCGUGCACAAGGCGGAGCUGAAGCUGCGCGCCAAGGGGAUGUGGGAGGUGCCGCACCCGUGGCUCAACCUCUUCGUGCCGGCGUCCCGCAUCGCCGACUUCGACCGCGGCGUCUUCCGUGGCGUGCUGGGGGGCCGCACCGCCGGCGCCGGCGGCCCCGUCCUCAUCUACCCCAUGAACAAGCACAAGUGGGACCCGAGGAGCUCGGCGGUGACCCCGGACGAGGAGGUGUUCUACCUGGUGGCGUUCCUGCGGUCGGCGCUGCCGGGCGCGCCGGAGAGCCUGGAGGCGCUGGCGCGGCAGAACCAGCGGAUCCUCGACUUCUGCGCGGGCGCGGGCAUCGGCGCCAAGCAGUACCUGCCGGGCCACAAGGCGCGGCACGAGUGGGCGGAGCACUUCGGCGCCGCGAGGUGGGACCGGUUCGCGAGGCUCAAGGCCGAGUUCGACCCGCGGGCCAUCCUGGCGGCGGGGCAGGGCAUCUUCAGGCCGCCCGGCUCGCCGGCGCUCGCGGCCGACUCGUAACGUAAUCCAGCUGCUUAUACUAAUUAUUAGGCGCGUUUAGUGUAAGGUAGAGGUACUAGCUACAGCAGUAACCAUACAGGAUUGUUUAGUUAGCUCCGGUUGGUUCAUGUACAAAUGUGGGGUUGUUAAUCGCGUGCUCUGCCAUGGCUGCUGUGAUCGGUUCUGUACAGGGGAUGAGGGGAGCCAAAUAUGAACGUGGCAAAAUCGAUACUUCUUAUAAAGAAAAAAUAUCUAUGGUAAA